GUUCUCCUGGGUCCGCUCCGCAGGCUUCUGGGAAAUGUAGUUUCUGAUCUGUAGGACAGACGGAAGGAGCGGGGGAGGCCCCUUACGCAAACUACAAUUCCCGGCGGGGAGCGCGGUGAAGGGGGGUGGGAUCUGAACAUGGCGGCGGUGGUAGCUGCUACGGCGCUGAAGGGCCGGGGGGCGAGAAAUGCCCGCGUCCUCCGGGGGAUUCUCUCAGGAGCCACAGCUAACAAGGCUUCCCAGAACAGGACCCGGGCACUGCAAAGCCAGAGCUCCCCAGAGUGCAAGGAGGAGCCUGAACCCCUACCCCCUGAGCUGGAAUACAUUCCCAGAAAGAGGGGCAAGAACCCCAUGAAAGCUGUGGGACUAGCCUGGGCCAUCGGCUUCCCCUGUGGUAUCCUCCUCUUCAUCCUCACCAAGCGGGAAGUGGACAAGGACCGUUUGAAGCAGAUGAAGGCUCGGCAGAACAUGCGGGCAUCCAACACGGGCGAGUAUGAGAGUCAGAGGUUCAGGGCCUCCUCCCAUCAUGCCCCGUCUCCUGAAGCUGUGUCCGGGGUGCAGUCGUGAGGAACACUGCAACCCUCCCCUAGACUGUGGCCUCCCAACUGUCAAGUCCUUUGGCUUUGGCCAUGAUUCUGGUCCUUGCCUCUGAGGCCCACCAGAGGGCGCAUGAAGCCCAGGCUGCUGCCGGCCCUACCCUUCCCCUCCCCAGAAACCAGCCGAAGGCAAAUAAAGUUACUGAGUGUUUGAGUGGAAAGGAA